CCCCCUCCUCCCCGUUGUUAGAGGAGACACAGCUUGUCCUCCUCUCUCCUUGUUUUCUGUCCCGGACACCUUCAAACCUCCAAACACAGCGGACAAUCCGAGCGAGAUCAUGCGGGCCGCAGCGCUGGCUCUGUUUGCCGCAGUGUUGUCCGGGUCGCGGGCGGAGGUGAUCGAUGACAUCCUGAGCAGCCUCACACGGGGAGCAUCCUUCCUGGAGCGGCAACACGAGCACAUCAACCUGGACGGGGUGGUCGGGUUCCUCAUGCUGCAGGCUGAGCUGAAGGAGGCUGUUCGGACGUGGCCUCACAGCGACCCGGUCAGCUGGGCUCAGAGAACCACCGCCGUCGCUCUGGUCAGACGUCUGGACCAAAGCUUCAACAAGGCCGUCGCCGCGCUGCAGCAGAACGACCCCAAAUACUACAGAGAGUUCGAGCCCCUGCUGUCGUGGAGCUUCUGGUUGGUUCCUCAGGAGUGGAGCUCCACGGAUCGCAGCCUGGUGUAUCCCUCCACCAUGACCACCGAGUGCUACGACGAGCAGCUCAGUGACAAAUGUCUGACGCUGCUGCUGGGAACCUGGAAGAUAAACGGGACGCCCUGCAUCGUCACCAAACCCUGCCGGGACACCAUGACCCGCUUCGGCUGUCCACACUACUCGCUGUCCCACCAGCUGCUCUACUUCAUGAUCGGAAGAAUGAGAGGCUGCACCAACCUGCUGAAGGGCGACACUCGAGCGUCCCGAGCCAACAUGACCGAAAGCAACUACCAGAAGAUCUUCUGCUCCAACAUGAUGAAAACCAACCAGGACAUCAUGAGGGAUGGUCUGACCGAACAGACGGUGGACAUCUUCAUGGAAAACAUCCUGAUUUGUGGACUGAGCGGUUUCUCCGACUUCUACAAAGCCGAUUGGCUGCAGCACAUCCUCCGGCUGCAGGACGAGGAAGUGGGCUGCUUCGGGAGAGACAAGAGCAUCAUCUCUCAGAUCAUCGGAGACGAGCUGCUGGAACAGAUGCAGCCUCACAGGAGAGUGAAGAGGAGGGAGAAAAUACUCCCAGACGGCUGCUCCAGUCACAUGACGGCGGUGGCGGUCGGUACUCUGGGAGGAUACCUGAACUACUACCUGACCGAACAGGACAUAACGAAGAGGCCCCCCCCCUGA